UUACGUUACUUCCAUGACACACCCCAUCAGGAACGUGACGUUGUCGCGCGUGAUCUCACGCAGGUGCAGAGGUAUAGUAGUGAUAGUGAAAGUGUUGUAUUCUGAUCCUUUCUUCCAGAUCGUUGUCUGGUCGCAAGAGAAGGAGGACCCUCUGGUAAAGGUGCUUUAUACUGUUGCGAUGUUUUGAAUGGUUUACUGAUCUCGUUGUCAUGGAGGUCGCUACACGCUGAGUGCGUGGUUCACGUGUGUCUGUUGAUGAUGGCAGAUUGGAAGAGACGCUGUCCCUGUGUCAGUGCUGUAUUGUUUUCCAUUUUCGGAUACUUAGUGUUGGUUUUUUGCGUUGAGUGUUCGUACUGGUUAGUAUCACACUCAUCUAUAAAAAGCCAAUAUGGCGCCCGCUCGGGUCAUAUAGUUGCUGGAGAUAUAAGUGUGUCGAUCGGAUUUUAUGAUGUCACUAUCAGACUGAAAGGUGGCGUUUCUGGUAAUAAAACCGAAACUGUUGACAUUCGUCAUACGUUCAAAUGGGAUGACGGUUACAUGAAGCACCAGCUAAAGGUAGCGUUACAGCAGGGACUCCCGUUUCCUGUACUAACAGUCCUGGAAUAUUUUAUCGAAGACUUCGGGUGGACUCCACGGUUCUGUAUGGCAGGAAGAUUUGUUGCUGCUCUGCUAUCGAUCAGCCUGGUUUUCUCUAUAGCCUUGCUAUUUCUGUGGUACUGUGGUGAAGUAGAAGGCCUACACGUAGGUGGAAGUCUGAGCUUCUCUGGCGUUCUGAUAAUUAGCUCAUCAGUAAUAUAUGACGUCAUGAUGCCCAAGAUGCCCUUAACCAUCCGUUUUCAGGAAGGAGUUCUAUCUUUUUCUUAUAGCUGGUCGUUUUUCUUAGCAUUUUCUGUUGGUUUUGUUUCGUCAGCACUCGGUAUAUUAAACAUGGCAGCUUCAAGAGAUAUUUAUAGGCCAGAAUAUUGCCACAUUCCCUGAUGCAUUCCCUUAAUGCAUUCCUGACCGUCACUAGAAUAUGCUGUACGAGACUUGCCAAUAUAAUUGUUUUCAUAAUUAACAUAAAAUGAAGUUAGACCAGAGUAUUGAAAAAAUCCAUACUAAAACAAUAGAUAUAAAAUAAUUUAUAAGUAUUUAAAAAGUAGGAUUUACUGUUUUAUACCUCUUGGAGCGUAAACACUUUUUUAAAGCCUAAUAACAAUAGAAGUUUUCGAUUUCAUAGUACUUAACAUACUUUUAACAUCUUACUGAUCAUAAUAUAACUGCAUGAUGAUGUAAUUUAUGGAAAUCUAUGUGUAUGUUCCUAAGUUCAAUAACAAUGAAUAAUCUUUCGUUUUUGGCAUUAAUUUCUGAUUCUUUUAAUUUAUCCAAAUCUGUGAAUUCAAGGAACGUUUUAAAACAUCAGUACAGCUAAUACAAAUAGCUGAAUAAUAAAUGAUUGUAUAACCCUAAUUACUGUACAUUUCAUGAACAACGUAUUUUGACUAAAUUUCGUGCCAAAGUGAUAUUUGUAAAUGGAUUUACAUUUUAGGACUGCAACAUAUAAACAAAUUCAUUUCAGUUAAUGUAUCCCUGUAGGUUUUUAUUAAA